AUGCCACCAAAGCGAAAGACCUCCACAGCCGAGCCCAAUGGCUCGCAUGCCCCAAAGAAAACCAAGUCCGAUCUGUACCAGCCGCAUCCAAACGCGAAGCAGACCGAGGACUUUGGCAUUGUUUUACGUCAAUUCUAUCCCCCAGAGAUGAGCAAUGAGCGAUGCCAAGCAUACACAGAUGGAGAGCUCGAACGUCCCAUUGAGACUUUACAGAAAGCCUGCCAGGAAACUGCAGACAAGCGCCGGUCAAUUGAACCUGGCAGGGCGGUUGUCCAUUGGUUCAAGAGUGAUCUGCGACUUCACGAUAAUAGAGCGCUGCAUGCGGCAUACCAGACUGCCAAGGAACAUGGUAUCCCAUUGAUCGGACUCUACAUCGCUUCGCCUGAAGACUGGUCUGCCCAUUUGACCAGUCCUGCGCGAGUGGACUUUACCCUGCGCAUUCUGAAGCAGCUUCAAAAGGACCUAGCCGAGUUGGAUAUUCCACUCCACAUGGAGACGCAGGAGACGCGCAAGGCGAUCCCCAAGCGCAUUGUAGAAUUGUGCCAGAACUGGGGUGCCAAGCACCUCUUUGCGAACAUCGAGUAUGAAGUGGAUGAACUGCGCCGCGAGGCCAAGUUAGUUCGCUUAUGCGCGGAGAACGAUGUUAGCUUCGCUCCGACACAUGACACCUGCGUCGUCACUCCCGGCGCAUUGGCAAGUCAACAGGGCAAGCAGUACGCCGUGUACACCCCAUGGUAUCGCUCCUGGUUGGCAUUCCUGAAGGAGAAUCCCGACUACCUCGAGGUAUCUGAGGAGCCUGGCUCGAACCCUGGAAAUGCGCGCAAAGAAUUCAAGGAUUUGUUCGACUGCAAGGUGCCAGCACAGCCAAAAACCCACGAGUUGUCCGAUACCGAGAAAAAGCGGUUUGAGGAGCUUUACCCCGCAGGCGAGCAUGAAGCUCUCCAACGACUGGACAAGUUCUUGGAAGCGAAAGGAAAGAAGUAUGAGGAAAUGCGGAGCAUCGUGGCUGGCGAACACACUUCUGUCCUCAGUCCGUACUUUGCGUCGGGCGCUUUGAGUGCCAGGACUGCCGUCGUCACAGCCAAGAGAGCCAACAAGAACCAGCUCGACCGAUAUGACCCCGGAUACAUGACGUGGAUUAGUGAAGUUGCAUGGCGUGACUUUUACAAACAUGUUCUGGCAAACUGGCCAUUCAUCUGUAUGAACAAGUGUUUUAAGCCCGAGCAUACCAACAUCGAAUGGGAAUAUGACCAAGACCUCUUCCAAGCUUGGUGUGACGGAAGGACUGGAUACCCGAUCGUCGAUGCUGCUAUGCGACAACUCCGUCACUCGGCCUGGAUGCACAACCGCACACGCAUGGUAGUCUCGUCCUUCCUUACCAAGGACCUAAUGUUGGACUGGCGUCGUGGCGAACGUCAUUUUAUGGAGAACUUAAUCGACGGAGACUUCGCUUCCAACCACGGAGGCUGGGGCUUCGGAUCGAGCACGGGCGUUGACCCGCAGCCCUAUUUCCGCAUCUUCAAUCCUCUGCGCCAGAGCGAGCGUUUCGAUCCUGAGGGCGAGUACAUCCGCCAUUGGGUACCGGAGCUGCGCGACGUGUCUAACAAAGCCAUCCACGAACCUUAUGCUCGCGGGGCUGAGGCUAUUGCGCAGAAGAAUGGGUAUCCCAAGCCGAUCGUGGACCAUGCCAAAAGUCGCGAUCGGGCGUUAGAACGAUUCAAGAGCGCUCUUCAGAAGUGA